CUGCUCGCCUCGUUUUUCACGCCUUUAUUCAUUCUCUCAUUUGCUCUUCUUCCACCAUCGGUGAGUUUCAUUUUUUUUUAAAUUCACAGAUUUUUUUCCACAUGUUUUCCCAAAAAAAAAUGAUGAGUGAGAAAACUCAAUGACCCAUGUUUGCCAAGUCAUGAUUUUAUGCAUUUUUCUUGUUGUAAACUGGUACCACACCUAACAUCAAAUCACUUCAAACUUUCUUAUUUAUAGAAACAUUUUUCAAGAAUAGAAAAAAUAGCUAUGAAAUUAUUAUUGGUGCUCGCUCUUUUGAUAGCAUUUGUUUAUUGUUCGGAAAAUGAAAUACAUCGAAGAGAAAAACGAAAUUAUUAUGGAGGAUAUGAUAUGUAUGGGUAAGUUUUAGAAAAAAAGAAUUUCAAACUAUAGAAAAUCAAAUAAAUAGUUGUUGUAGUGGCGAUGAUUUUUGGUAUGUCGGUCGAAUUAUUGGAAUGAUCAUCGGAAUAAUUGUUCUAUUAUUUUGUUGUUGUUUGCCGUGUAUUUGUAUUGUUGGAAUUUGGUUCGCUGGUUGGUUUGGACUUCGACAAAGGAAUGCGGCUAAAAAAACGACUGGUCAAGGUAUAGAUUUUAUUUUGGAUAGAAAAGUUAACACGAUCAAUUUGAAACAUAUAAUGUAAACAAAAAUGUGAAUCGUUUCGAGCCUAAGGAUAUCAGUACUCUUUGACAUGAGGAGUUUUCUGACAAUGAGUUUUUUAUUGAUAAACAAAUUUCGGAAUUGCUUUCAAAUCAAGCAUGACAAUCACGCUGUUUGAAUCGGAACCACCUGCAAAUUUUUCAACAAAAAUUGUGAUACUUUUUUUUGAAACAGUCAAACAUUUUUUAGCCCUAUUCAAAAUUUCCCACAUUGUCAAAAAUGUUUCAAAGUAAUGUGUUUCAGUUUAGCAAAUACACCUUCACAAAUAGUAUCAUCUUCUUCAAUUCCACCUGUUCCAAUUCCAUUUUCUUCUCAACCACAACAAUCUACGCAAAUUCCUUAUGAUACUCCAGGAAAUGCAAAUUAUAUAGUUCCUCCAACUCGUUCUUCUCGUUAUCCAAUUAUUGUCGAUUCUUCUCCAUCUGAUGUUACACGUGUUGCAAUGCCUGAUGGACAAGUUGUUUAUUCGGCUGAAGAUCGAUAUUAUACAUCAUCAACUGCUGCUCCAGCUCCAGUUCAUCGUUCUUCUGAACCUGCUUAUACCAGCAGAUAUUAG